AUGGCUCCGAGCCAGCCUUCCAAGCCUAACCCGCUGCCUCGGGGCCCGGUGCUGGCGAUCUGCGUCAUGUACUUCACCAAUGCGCUCGCGCCCACCAUCCUCUUCCCCUUCCUGCCGCUCAUGGUCGCCAGUUUCCACGUCAUUGACGACCCCACCAAGCUCGGCUACUAUGCGGGCUAUCUCGGCUCCUCUUACUUCGUCGGCUCACUCCUCAGCAGCAGCUUCUGGGGCAUCCUAUCAGACCACUGGGGGCGCAAGCCAGUGUUGCUGAUAGGUCUAGCGGCGAACAUGGUGUGCGGGGGGGCGUUCGGCCUCUGCACCUCCUUCCACGCCGCCAUGCUCUGCCGCCUCCUGCACGGCCUCCUCUCCACCAUCGCCGCCACUGGCAGGACCACAGUGGCUGAGCUCUGUGACUCCACCAAUCAGGCGCAAGGCUUUGCCCUGCUGGGAACCAACUUCGGUCUCGGACUGCUCAUUGGUCCAGCACUGGGCGGCUUCCUGUGCGAGCCAGCACUCAAGUACCCGUGGCUCUUCCCCCCGCACUCUCUCUUCGCCCGCCUCCCUUUCCUCCUGCCCUGCCUGCUGCUCUCCCUCCUCUCCCUCCUCGGCCUCCUCGCUACCGCUGCACUGCUCCCAGAGACCAAGGGGUGGGCUCACCGGGUGGUUGACAUAGACAGUGAGAUUCGAUCUGAUGAUGCUGUUAGUCCUGUGACUCCUGUCUGUGGCAGAGGUGGUAGCAGCAGUGGUAGUGGCAGUGACGCUGCCAGUGCUGCUGCUGCUGCUGCUGCUGCUGCUGCUGCUGCUGCUGCUGCUGCUGCUGCUGCUGCGCUGCUGCCAGUGACCAAGGGCCACUACUUGGAUCCGGAGGGGGGGAAGGGGAACUGCGAGUUACCACAGCUGAAACUGACAGCACGGCCACUGCUAAUGGCUUCUGCUCCCCCUCCUCCCGUUUCUCCUCCUCCUCCCGUUUCUCCCCCUCCUCCCGUUUCUCCCCCUCCUCCCGUUUCUCCCCCUCCUCCCGUUUCUCCGCCUCCCGUUUCUCCUCCUCCCGUUCCUCUUCCUUCCUGUGCUGCUACUGCCUGCCCAAGCUACAGUGUCUCUGCUGCUGCUGCCUUCCAUCCACUGCUCUCUCUCCAGUGA